GUCUUUGCCACGGGGGCGCGCAAGGGCAGGGGAAUGGCUUGUUUACUAUGACGUGGGACGGUCCCUUUAAAUCGGCACGGGGAAUAGCGCACAACUAGUUGCUCGACUCGUGUGCUUAGUAUCUCGUAGCGAGCGGUGUUGAUUGUGCGUGAAUAUAUAUAUAUGUGUGCAAGUGCUUGUGAAGAAACGCGUAACGCGGUGUUGUCGUCCAGUGUGUAGACGUGAUUUUUUUUUUUACUGUACUAUUUUUGAAGAACGUCACAAGGAGUGACUUUUCGUUUUUUCUUUUUUUGCGUUUUCUGUUAUAAAUUUUACUACUACUUUAAGUUUAGAGUUUGUUUUGGACCGGGUACUCCGAUUAUAUAAAGUGUGAUACAGUGUUAGCUGUGCAGGGCAAUGGCUAGCGUGGUAGUGAUGACAAUGCCACUAGGCACAGGGAUAGGAGCCACAGGGGGUGGCAGUGGUGCGGGGUCAAUUCGCAGAGCGAGACCCAGAUCGCGUCCUCGACCUCGCCAACAGCGUGGCACUAUCGCUGCUGCUUUCUCGGAUACUGGCCCUACGGGCAUUCCAGAAAAGGACGAGCAGUUGCAACAGCAACAGCCACGGAGGAGGAGGAGGAGACGACGGAGAGCACGCACAUCUUCUCCCCAGUCCCCAAAUGCGACAAUGGGUGCUGCGGGCUUGCCCACAAAUCAAAAAGGGUACCGCCGUCGAGCACGCACCCGCCCACAGCGGCUGCGAAGGGUUACAUUUAGUGAUGAUAUAAUGACAAUGUCCUACAGUGAAUCUGAUACUACAGUGGAGGUAGUAACAAGUUCUAGAAAAGGAUCUUUACCACAGUUGCAGUACAGCAGGGAACAACUUAUUGAAUUUAGCCGGAGUCCUUUAGCAAAAGUAAGACCUGAAUGCUUAGACCCUGCGUUUAACAAUGCUCGUGGUGUGUGGGACCCAGUGCUUUGGCACCUAGAGAGGAAGCGAUCUGAAACACCUCCGGAUGACAGAGGUAUAAGAGGAGAUCCUGCAGAUACUCAAAAGCGUAGAUCUGGUGAUCCAAGGGAACGAAUUCGGAAAGAGCAAGACGGUAUUAUUCUAAGUCCUCAGCGCCGUAGUUUUAACUCGGGGUGCUAUGUUGCACCAGCUCAACAAACCCUUGGCCGUCGAUCUGAAAGCCCUACAAAUAAGUCAGAGCGUGAAAGGGAUCCAAGCCACCGUGAAGUGCAGUCAAGACGAAUUGGCAGUGGUCGUAUUGUCACUAGAGAUGUCUGGGACUUCCGUUUAGAUAAAGAGCAAGACCAGAGUUCCAGUGAGUUUGGCUUUCAGCGAAAUAGUACAUCAAGAGAUGAGAGGUUUGACCGUCGACCAUUUGGAAGAGAUUUUGAUCGUGAUAAAGACAAGUCCAGGGGGGAAAGGAACCGUUACAAUGACAAGAGGAGAGCUUACAGUGACAGCAAAGAAGAAGAACCAGAGUGGUUCUCAGGUGGACCAACUUCACAGAAUGAUAAAAUAGACCUUGGAGGAUUUGGAGAUUUUUGUGACGAUGGCAAUCUCGGAAGACCAACAAGAAAGAGUGCUUCACAAAAAUCUGGAAAGAGUAACCGUUCAAGUGGAAGAAAACUUUCAGAACCAUCACCUCCUGUAAGUGCCGGACAAAGUUCAGCUUCAUCACGCAGGACUCCAACACCACCUGGAAACCGCAGUGGGGCAGUUGCACAGCCACAGCCAACACAGUCUCAUUCGCCUAUUGCUGAAGAGACUCCUCGAUCACCUGAGAGGCCAUUGCCUGAGAAGGGGCCACUUUCACCAGAUCUGCCGUCAGACCAGGAUUCUGGUCUUCCAGCAGAACAGCUUCCCCAGUCGAACAACAGUAGUUUUUCUCACCAGCAUCAAGGUCUUGACUUCAAUCUUGAUGAUUUCCUCAAAAGUGAUUCUGUACCUGGCUUGCUGGCAAAUGGUGCUGUAAAUGACAGCUCUGGUGGAUCAAGAUUCAGCCAAUGGUUUCGGCGGGAGAGCCCUGUUAACAGACAAGCAGAAAGUAGGUGUUCCUCCAUUCAAGAUGAGCUCCUUAAUAAUUUAAUCAGUGAUAUAACUGAGCCGGCAAUAGUUAUACCACCCUUGAGUGAGUCAGACACGUACUUCACUCCUAUAUCACCAGCUGAAAGUACAGUUACCCAGCAAAAUCUUAAUGUCAGCACAGACUCUGACAAUACACAGAAGUCAUCACUGCUGGAGAUGUUGCAGAGAAGGCCACAAGGUGAUACAUCAGCAAGUGCGAAGACCUCUAACAUCAGAGAAUUGGAAGUGACUGGGAAAAUUCAUAGUGUUGAAGAACUAGAAGCAAAAAUAAGGCAAGGAAUAAAUUCAACGGAAAGCCAGAAUGCGACUGUGAAUUCAAAUACAAAAAAGGAAGAAGAUUUAUCGGCAUUCAAUAAAUUGCUUGCUCAGAUUACUGAUGGGAAGGUGAUACCUGCGACAGCACCAAAUGGUCCACUUCCCUCGAAUAUACAACAGUUACAUUUUACUCAGAUGCUGAAAAACUCUCAACAAAAUAGGCAAGUUAGUCGCCAGACAUCAAUUCCUGAUCAUUCUGUGAAUAUGGUAGGAGGCCUGGAGAAUACUAACUCCCAAAACAAGCAAACUACUAAUAUCUCUCAGCAGCAACAGCAGAUGCAAAUCCCCAAGGAUUUGGUUAUGAAAUUGCUUCAAGUUCAACAGCAACAGCGUCAACAGCAACAGCAGCAAGAGAUGCUUUCAAAACUGAUAGCAGCAAAUCAGCAUGUGCAGUUGGCUCAACAGAGACAGCAACAGCAGCAAGCUGUGCCGUCUCACAUGGGGCAUUUCACCGUGCCGCCUCCUGUACACCCGGUACUUCCCGCAGUUCCUCCUUCACUGUCACCUCUACCUCCAGAGCUUCAAGUUAUGGUGAAUAAUGCUCAGCCCAGCCAUGAACUUCUGCAGAGGCCUGAAGCGAAAGCGAUAUUACAAGGUUUGAGGUAUGGUGAAAUAACAUCACACCACUUAGUUCAACAGCUGCAAAAUCCAGCCAUGCAACAUCGUCACAGGGAGGUCCUUUUGAGCAUAUUAAAGAUGCAAAUGCAGCAAGGUAUAGUUCAUCGCACUGCAUCUCCUCAUUUGCAUGCUGGUCAAGCUCCUGAGUUGCUUCAUCAGAUGAUGCUUCAACAGCAGCAGCAACAGCAUCAGCAGCAGCAAAUUAGAAUACCUUCACCUUUAAACAAUGCAUACUGUCAGGGAUCUUCACUAAUAUCCCCCAGUAUGACAGUAAAAGCAAAUACACUCACUGUUCAACCUCCAGUGGUGCCACGUGUUCCUUCUCCACGAGAAUUGCAGCUUCACACACAGAACAUAAUGCAAUCAGCCUUAAUAAAGAAGAAGUUGGAAGAACAGCGUGAAAAUUACAGAAAAAGGCAAGAAAUGCAACAGUCACUCUCUCCCAACGUGUCAUCAUUGUCAAAUGCAGGAGGAAAUUCAGUUAAGACGGGAGAUUCUGCACCUCCAAAACUUAUAUCCCCCACACCUCUUGCCUUUACACCAACUUCUGUGCUGAGGAAGAUGACAGCUGAAAAGGAUCCUGAAAACAGUGCAACAAGCAACAGAAGUGAAGCAAAAUCUGCAGAGCAACAAAAGAUGUUACAGCAGCAGCUGCCUAUCAACCCACCAACUUCACAGCAGCAGUCCUCCAUAUCACAGACAAGAUCACAGUUGCAGCAGGCAGUUCCAACUACUUGGAAUGUCAAUUUGCCAAAACAGCAACAGGGUCGUCCAAUUGUGAAAGGAAAUGGUAAUUUCCAUUACGGGUCAAGUAUAGACUACCAACAGCAACAAAUCCAUCAACAGCGCCAUAAUGUUGUUCUGCAGGGCAGUGGAAGUUACGGUAGUAAUGUAGGAGCAACACGAUCAAAACUGGUGACACACCCUCAGAAUGUAGCAGCUGCUGUGGCCACACAACAGUUAAACUCCUUAAUGAUGAUGCAGAGGCCACCUCCACCAGUAACACAAAAUCAUCCUGGGGCAAGAGCUCAAACACUGCAAGCUCAGCUGGUAGGCUAUCAGCAGUCGCAGCAGCAGCAACGAAACAUCAGUCCUGCUGUGCAACAGAUUUUGCCCAACCAAAACUAUAAUACAGGGCGCAACACUUCAAAGCCAGGCACAGUUGCAGAGUCACGGUUGGCCGGAGGACUGCAGCGACCAUCCCAGCAACAGCCGCAACAACAAGUUCAGCAGCUCGUAACACGGAACAGUGCAAUUCCUCAGCAGAACAGGUCAACUUCCCCAACCAGUAACCAGUUGGCUCGCUGGUUUUCUCCAGAGUUGCUGGCCCAAGCACGUGCAGGCCAGUUGCCUAAUAUGCCCCCUGUGCCAUCAACUCCAAAUGUCUUGAGCCUUGAGGAACUGGAACGGCUGCAGCAGUCUGCAGCUGCCGCUGCCGUACACAACUAGUACCUGUCUUCUCGUUGCUGUCAUUUACUUCAUUAUGUCCCAGGCUGGUGCAGUCUGUCGUGCAGAAUCUCUUCCAAAGAGUAAACAGUUCUGUAGAUAUUGGUUAGACAUCAUCACAAUGUGGGGAAAACUUCGGUGCUGGAAAGUUUAGUAGUUUGACGUGUGUGUGUGUGGGGGGGGGGGGGGGGGGGGGAGUGUGCAUAUGCUUGUGCACAUUUUUGUGUAGAUAGAAACGUGCUGUGUGUAGUGGUGAUGCGGUCUUAUUUCCUUUAUACAUGUGACACACAAAUGUGUUUAAAGUCUGGUGAUUAAGCAUUAUACUACUUAUUUUGUAAAUUUUCUUAGUUUAUAUUAUGAAAGUUACUUACAUAAACUGUUAUCCCUUGCAGUGGAAGUAACCCAAGAAGAAGACUGAAUUUUUGUAAAUGUGAAUGCUACUGUUGAAGUGUGUGCUACAGAACUCUUCACUCUGUUCAGACCAAUGUUAACACAGUGAUUAGUCUUAUGAGAGUUUAACUUUUAUUGUAAGCAACUUGAAUAGGACUUUAAAAAUUUUAAAUUUUUUGUGUUGAGCAGAUGUGUGAAAAUUGCUCUGAAGCUUAUGGUAGCUGUUGAAUUCCUACAUAAGUGAGCACAGUUUCUUGCAAAUCAGUUGAGAGAGUUAAGUGCAGGAGUUGCAUUAAAUAUUCUGUAAAUUUCAGACAUCACAUAAAGGUUUGAGAGGCCUAUUAUGUUUCCAGUCCAUUAAUUUGAUUUUACUGAACAUGUUCUACUUCAGCAUGUGUAGCAGUAUUUCAUUAUCAUAGUUAAAUAUUCAAAGUUCAUUAUGUCAGACACAGGCAUGCAGUUAUAACACAUGCACAGAAACUGUAGUUGAAUGAAAAGGUUACCUUAACUGCAUGCAGUUUAAAAUGUUAUUAUAAUAAGUUGAUGUGAUGUUAGGUUACUCUUGUAAUAAUUUGUCAAGAACAGCAGCAGAAUACUUUUGGGUAUGAAAGUGGAACAAGUUGUAUCGAUACUGUUCUCUAGUGUAAUGACAUUCUGCACGACUGAAUAUUGUCUGUAUUUGAUGCUACUUCAUUGUUGCUCUUCAAUGUUGUUGAAAUUCUUUGAAGUAAUUGAGGUGAUUAUGACUGACAUUCCUUAAAAAGUUUUAAAAUGUUGUUGUUUAUCUUGAUUUACAAACUUUCAUUUUCCUUUGUAUUUUGAAUGCGUGUGUACAUUAAACAAAACUGCCAUGACUUGUUCUUUCGCUCAGUGCUGCCUGAGGAAAUAUUUUUAUGAUUGCAGUAAGCAACAAACAUGUUUCCAGUUGACAGAAAACAAACUGUUCCAUUAUGGUUUUCUUCAGGGACAAAAUAUAAGACUGUUUUAAAGCUUUGUGUGAUGUUUUGUGCUAAGUAAUUUUGUAGCACUUGUUUGGCCAUGUGUUCAGUGAAGUGUGUGUGUAUGUAUUUUGAAUGAAAGUACAAAUGUGUGAUAAAUAUAUUUUCGAUUACUGUACAUUGUUGUGGAAAUAAGAGAUCUGUUUCUUGGGUGAUUGACCAUGACUGAUACAUUAUAGGAAGAAAAUUGUGUAGCUAUAUUCUGCUUUUUCUGUAAAUUGCUUCAAAUAAAAUAGAGUAAAAGUAUUAGAAGAACGACAUUUUGAUGAUGUAUUAUAGUGACGGAGAGAGCAGCUGUAUAAUGUACAUAAAUGUGUAUAUAAAUAUUUAUGAAAAUGGCACAGAUGUUGGGCCAGAGCACACCAAAUUCAGCGUAUAUUGUAGAAAUCUUACUAAUGUUAAUACUUGUGAGUGCGAACAGUAACACUGCGGUGAUUGUAGUUGGUGCUGAUAGUCCAGAGGAAAAUACAGAAGACUGUAGUAUAGAAUUUCAUCAUUAUUGAUGAUUUUCAGUUAUCAGCAUUGAUUACAUUGAAACAGUUGAAAAUUGUAAUGAGUUUGUGCCAGGCAUUGUUCCCAGUGUUUUCUUGUUUUUCUUUUGAAAUGUCAUUGUCAUUGUAAAGUGGUAGAAAACUGAUGUACAUAAAGUUUUGAGAAGAAAGAAA